CUGAAAAUCUUGUCUUUAUUAGUUCAUAGAAGUAGUCGCUUUGAAAUGAAUGUUUUACAUACUGUAUUUGUGUUGGAAUGACAUCAAACCAUAACUGCUUUGGUUAUAUUAGCGCUGGCACUGGCAGCCUGCUUCACCACAACCCUCCAUUCGUUAAGAUCUACCGAAGGAUACAGAGCCUCGAAAGAAUGCGUAUUCCUCCAGAAUGGGUUAAGAGACAUGGGCGUGGUUUGCCAUCUAAUUGCUACCUCGUGAUGCCCAACGGCCGGAGGUGGUCCGUGAGGUUGCUCAUUGUAGCAAAUGGAUGCUACUUUCGAACUGGAUGGGGUGCAUUCGUUGAUGAGAACCGCUUCGAGAACGCAUAUGUCCUCUUCUUCACCCACGUCGGAGGAGGGGUGUUCCAAGUCGUCAGAUGCGACUCAAUGACCGGCUGCCCCCCUUGCAUGAUUACAAUGUUAAGGAAAUACAAUUUCCAGUUCACAUUCAAUACGUCUCUCAACUUAUUGAUCUGUUGAACAUUGCUGUAGAAGCAGAAAAUAUGAACAACAUAUCAAAAAUGCUCAUUGAGCUCAAAGACAAACGAAAUCAGAGAUAGACAAAGAGGAGAAAGGGAAAUUUUAU